AGUUCGUCUAUAGAUUCUGGAUGAUAAAGCUGUUUGAAUUGGACUUCCUAUAAAAACUGUCAGUGUUCUUUAUACAGAAAAGUUGGAAUAAGUUUUGACGACUCCAUAAUGUCAAUGUUACCUAGAUCGGUGCCUAUCCGAUAUGAAUGAGACUUUUGGCCGUCGUCUUAUGAUCGUCGAAUGCCGAUUUAUCACGACUCUUUCCCCUCAUAUGACUAUAGAUAUUCAACGUCAAUGCAACCAUCUAUGCCUAUGACAACGUACAGAGAUCAGAUUCCAUUCGAAUAUGAGCGACCUUUGCAAGAAACCAGAGUGGUGCCGAGUAGCAGCGUCGACCAUGAAAUGAGGAGAAUGAACGAUGAAAUGAAACGCAUGUGUGAUAGUAUGUCUCGAAGUGUAGCAGUAGCUCCAUCACAGCCACCCGUCUUGCCGUCAGUCGACGAUUGGCGUCUAACAGAAAAUUUUAAGAUGGACAAUCCUAUAACUCAGGAACGUGACGGUUCAAGAAAAUUUUAUCUAGAAUUCGAUGUUGCGCAAUUCAAACCGGAAGAAAUUACGGUCAAAACAACCGGAAAUCAACUGUCCGUUCAUGCUAGGCAUGAAGAUAAAAACGACCCAAACAGAUCAGCUUACCGUGAAUUUGCUAGACAAUAUGUCAUACCAAAAGAAGUAAGGCCAGAGUUUUUGACAUCAAAAUUGAGCGAUAGGGGAAAACUGAUCAUUGAAGCACCACUACCAGCAUUAACAGGAGGCAGAGACAAGCUUAUUCCAAUUGAACAUAGGAAAUAACUAGACUUGUUCCUUUCAAU